CGCUGCGCGCACGCACGUUAAAAUUCACUUUAUUUAUAAACAAAAUAGCUCUUAUUUACCUUAGACCUAAUAUUACAAACACUAUCAAUAAUGUAGCUUAUGUAAAUAUAAAAAUAAUGGAUGUAAAAAAAGUGACAAUAAAUCAAGAUUAGUAUAAUAGUGAUGAAUUGAUAUCGAUUUCAAAUUAAUGGAGUCAAAUUGUAUCAAGUGUUGGUGUGUGUUUGGACUGAAUGUUUGGAGCAAUUAAGACUCUAUUUACUUCAGGAUGCCGUUCAUCGAGAUCGCAUUCCAGGCCGAAGUGAGCCGGUUCGAAGACCAGGAUUUUGAGGAGCUGGCCAGGAGGAACUGCAAUGAGGACCCUGGCGCGAGGAGCAAGAGGAUUGAGGAGCUUCGGUCUUUGAUUUAUGAACGAGAAGAAUGCAAUCCGCGGCGCAUCGAUGACGCGUAUCUGCUCAGGUUCCUGCGAUGCAGGCGGUUUAUACCUGCGCUCGCGCACAAGUUGAUGGUGCGCUACGAGCAGUUCCGGCGCGACUACGGGUAUUUGUACGACUGCGAUGCCUUCGGCCUGCAGAAGGUCAAGAGAGUUUACGGAGGCACCUUGCCGGAGAGCCCUCGGAACGGACGCAUCAUACUUAUGAGAUUUGGGAAAUGGGACCCAGAAGCAGUUCCUAUCAUAGACGUGGUCCGUUGCGCUCUCCUGAUGGACGAGGUAGCGGUGAUGCAGCCGAAGCUGCAGAUCCUGGGCGUGACCAUCAUCGUGGAUGUUGAGGGACUGGGGUUGAGGCAUUUGAGGCAUCUCACGCCGACCAUCGCUCAUCAGAUUGUCAGUCUUAUGGGGGUGUCCUUCCCCUUGACGAUGCACGGCCUCCACAUCAUCAACUACAGCUGGUUCAUGAACAAGUUCUUCUACCUCUUCAAGCAGUUCAUCCCUAAAGCAGUCUGGAACCAUCUCUUCUUCCACGCGGACAUGGCUUCCCUCCACAGUCACAUCGACCCUGAGUACCUCCCUCCUGAAUACGGAGGGUACAGCAGGCAUGUCAUCACUACGGAACAAUGGAUAUCAAAGAUCGACAAGUACAAAGAUGAUUUCCUGGUGAAAGAACUUAGGGAUUUAGGUUUUACUGUUAGUAGUUAGGACUAAUUAAUGAAGUUGGAGUUCCUGCAUUCUAUUUAUAUCUAUUAAUGUUGUAUAGUAUGUUACCCCACUUUAGCUUUAUUUUGGGGACCUGCAAGUAAGCAAAAUCCUCGAAAUAAAAAGAAUUGACGAAUGUGUUUUGAUGUGACGAUGGCUGUUUGACUUACAAUUAAGUAUGUGACUAGUAAUUAAUCAUGCAGCGUACCUCAGUGUCACUAUUGCAAUAGUAAGCAGACAAUUUUCAUUCCAUGGAUGCAGGCCGCCACCAAUCGGCCAUUGUGGAAAUCUUUGGGGGAGGCCUAUGAUCAGCAGUGGACGUCCUAUGGCUGAAAUGAUGAUGAUGAUGAAUUUUCAUUCGUUGAGUAAAGCUCUAGACUGUGAUUUGGCGUAGAUUUCUUGGUGUUCAGAUUAUCUCUUAGAUUAACAAAAAAGAACUAUGUUAGCAUUUAUAUUCUCGCUAAUUUAAUUGUAAUACUUAAGUUAAUAUAAGUUAUGUAGAAAUCAAGAAAAUGUAGAAGUACGUACCAUUGAUGACUGAUAGUAAAUUAAUAUUAACAAUGUCUCUCCUCAUGGUCGAUGGAUCAAUUUACUGGCUAGAAACAUAUUGUUAAAAUAAUAAGUAAUUAAAAGAAUGACAAUGAUACCUAUUUGAAAAACCUGAAUAAAUAUAUUUUGUAAAUUAAUAAA